CGCGAGGCGUCCGUCCACAAUCCGCUGCUUUUAUCUGCGUCCUGUCUAAGGUGAGGGCAGCUGGUGGUUUUUCCAGACUCCUUCCUCCACGGGGAUUCAGCAGACGGGAUCCGGUCGCUCUCCGGGACUCACGAGAGGAUGUCUCUGUCCGGCUGGGUGUGUUUGGUGACCGGUGCCUCCAGGGGCAUCGGCAGGGGGAUCGCCCUGCAGCUCUCUGAGGCCGGAGCCACCGUCUACAUCACGGGAAGACAGCAGAAAACCCUGAGACAAACCGCCGAAGAGGUGAAGGAGAGGGGCGGAUACUGUGUGCCAGUCAUCUGUGACUCUACAAAAGAUGAAGAGAUUGAAGAGCUGUUUGAGCAGAUCCGACGCGAACAGAAUGGCAGACUGGAUCUUCUGGUGAACAAUGCCUACGCUGGAGUGCAAGAUAUCUUUAACAACGUGGGUAAGAAGUUCUGGGAAACCGACCCGUCUAUUUGGGACUCCAUCAACAACACGGGUCUCAGGGGUCACUACUUUUUCUCGGUUUAUGCAUCCCGCAUGAUGGUGGCUCAGGGCCGAGGUUUGAUCGUGACCAUUUCAUCGUUUGGAGGUCUGCAGUAUCUUUUCAACGUGCCUUACGGUGUUGGUAAAGCUGCAUGUGACAGGUUGGCAGCAGACAUGGCUGUUGAGCUGAAGAAAAGGGGCGUGGCCUCAGUCAGCCUGUGGCCCGGCGCCGUGCAGACGGAGCUGGUGUCUCAAAUGAUACUGCAGAAUGAAGCUCCUUCAGGAGAAGAAUCGAAGUUCAAGGACGUGUUUGCCAACGGAGAAACUACGGAACUGAGUGGGAAGUGCAUCGUCAACUUGGCAAAGGAUAAAAAUCUGAUGUCGCUGACUGGAAAAGUUCUCAUGACUUGUGAUCUGGCAAGGCGCUACGGGAUACAAGAUGUUGACGGGCGAAGCGUUGCUGACUACACGUCCCUGAAGUUCCUCCUGAGCCGGUCCUCCUAUCUGUCCUGGCUCUCGGCUGUCGUCCCCUCGUUCAUUCGGCUGCCUCGCAUCAUGCUCACCAUGGCAAACAGCCGCUUCUGAGGAUCGUCCACGCCACUCCAGCGUCGUCUCGUCGUCCACAGUCGUCGUUUCGCUCGACGACCACUCUUACUAAUGACCGAUGAAUGAAGAAUAACUCUAGAUUCACACAAUAUUUGAAGCACUUAUCAGUUGUAUUUGUACAGAUAUCUGCAUCUACUUGAAUACUUUCUUACUCUGAAGAUGUGAAGUUUGAAGUGUAUAAAGACCCCGAGGGGGAUGUUGAAGUAUCCGCCUGCAGUACAGUGUGGGAGAAAGCAGUGUCUUCAGACCACUACAGGUUUCCUCUGAAGCACGGGACUGAAGGAUUUUUUUUGGAGAUCUGCAUUUUGUACUCCUUGUUGUCUUGCCUUUGAAAAAAGAAAAAAACACUCAUUCAGUUUGUACUUGUAUUACAACUCAUGUCACUACUGUAGUAAACAAAAUAACCAGAUAAUAAAUGAAUACAUUUUAAGAGCCACACAUCUGUUUGUUUUGAUUUUGAAAUGUCUCAUUGAGUUUGGAUUGAAAGACAUUUGGGUUCUGAUAUGUAUAAUCAGGUUAACUACAGGAAUAAAACCAAAUCCAAGUCCUCCGGUUGCAGAUGAAGCAG